GUCGGCGGGGGCCGAGCGCGCAUGCGGUACUUGCCCCGCUGGACGGUGCGCAACAUCAGCGCCGCCGUCCCGCCCAAGCUUCUGAAGCUCUGCCGCCGCGCGGCCUGGCGCGAGCUCACGGAGGGCGCGCGCCUCUGUCAGAUCUGCGGAUCGGGUGGUCGGCCUGGCGCCGCGGCGCCACGGGAGGCAGGCGCGGCGGGCGGCGUGGAGACCGCGCCCAACGGCGGCGGGAUGUCCGACCGCGGCGGCGGCGCCGACGCGUGGGCCGACCCCGCGGACGAGGAGGACGUGUUCGGCUUCGACGGCGACAUGCGGGGGCCCGAGCUGUCCAACUCCGAGGCCAAAGUGCUUAUGAUGGCGCCGUGGCAGGCGGGUGCUGCUCCUGGAUCGAGCGGCGACGCGAGUGCGCCGAGUUGCGCGGCUGCGCCCGCGGACGCCGCGCCCGCCGUGCAGCCCCCGAUCGUCGGCUGCCACGGUGCGCUCUCGGAAGAGGACCAUCGGGAGCAGGCGGCGAUCUUCCGCAGCCUCGCCAAGACCCACCACGGCGCGCGCGAGGACCUGGUCACUCCGCCGCGGAAGGCCAGGAGGACGGGUCUGGCCUGCGGCGGGCCGCUCUCCCCCGUGGACAUCCAGGGGCAGCAGGCGAUUUUCGCAUCCAUUGUGGCGCAGGCGCGCGGCGAGACCAUCGAGGUGGCCGACGAUAGCGUCGACUUGGAAGCCGAAUUGGAGACGCUCCUCGAUGGCGUCGAGGCGGAGCGCGUUGGCGGCGCGAGCGAGCUUCCAG